AAACAAGAGAAAUUCCUACAAUUAACAAUUUUGUCAUGAAUGCUGUUGGAAUUACCAAAUCUUCAACUGGAGAAGAAUUUGCUGUCCAUAUUGUUGCUUUCUAUCCAAGAGACCCUGAUGUAAAGACAAAUUUACAAAGGAUAGAACCAAACCAAUUCUCUCGGGUGGGAGGGAAAUUUAUGAUUAAUGACACAGAUGUGGACAAUUCGAAUGUGAAGUUCUUAAAGGUGAUGGCGACGAAUUUAACAAUCAUGGAACUUGAGAAUGAAAAAUUAGAACCAUCAGACAUUGUUGUAACAAUGACUGCAACAGCAAUGAACCAACACGGAAGGGAUGA